AUGAUUCUGGAAGAAUUAGCUGGAAGUUUUGUGUCACUUGUCUCAAGCUUGAUAAUACAAACACCACCAAUCUCCCGAGAAAAUCUACAAAAGGAUUAUGCAAUAUUACAUGAAGGAAAUCUUGAACAAAGCGAAGCGUUCGAUGAUUUGGUACACCGUGAGUACGAGCAAGACGAACCGACCGGGUUACCUUUAUAUGACGAAGAAAAUAUAUCUAUUUUGUUGCACGUUGAUGAACAAACCAGGAGAAGUUUCUGUGAAUCAUUUCUUCGAAGUUGUAAGGCAAAUAUCGGAUUAAUAACGGCAGUCGUUUUUAUAUUAGGUUUUCUGAUAGUUGGAGCGGUUUUUCUUGACUUGAGUACAACUAAUGCGUGUAUAGAAUGGAUGCAUAACAAUCUCAAAGUUCCAUCGCGUGUGCAAGUCCUACAAAUGGUUGGUAUGUCUGUUUCAGUACUUCCGGUGAUGUCAUGGUUUCCAGUCUGUAUUGCCAUGUUGUGGGGUUUCAAAGAGUUCAAAAAGCACUAUCUUUGCUUUUUAUGUGUCAUUCUGCUGGUGACAGGAUCCAUCACGUGUGUUUAUAAAAUUGUUAUGUUUGACAAGUUAGCGAUGACGAACGACAACGUAUACAU